AUGUAUUGUGCCGAUAAGCUGAGUCAGUUGGAGACUGAUGUCGAGCUACACAAACGAAUUGUUGCUGCCGCUGAACGACUUGCGAAAGACAAAACAAUGAAUAAGAGCGUUAGAAAGAAAAGACAAAAGGAUUUGGCAGCAGCAGCAAUGAAAUUGCGUGGGCUCGAGUUGGGAUUAAAUCAAAUGCGUUUGAGCGCCAGUAAACCGGAUGUCAGUUCUGUGGAGAGUAAUGGAAGUGGAGGUAGGGAUUCUAAUAAUGGUACCACGCUGACGAGAGCAGUGGCAAAGUCCUGUCCAACUACACCACGUGGCUCUGUACCCGAUCUCUGCACGGACGGUGAAAAAAGCGACUAUGAAGAUGAUGAGCAAGUCCAACAGAGGCAAACUAGCUCGGCUUCUCGACGUUCGUUACAUCAACGUUUCUCGGAGGCUUCAACGUCCAGUAAUGGUUCGAUUGGCCUUCCACCGAGAGCGAAUUCACGUCGUAGUAAUGCAACUCGAUCCAUAACCAGUGAUGAACUCGAUAACCCUCUAAUCAACGCUCAACCCUCUAUAGAACAAACUCCUGUAUAUGAAAACAUCGGUUAUCGAUCGACUUCGUAUCGAAGCAGUUAUCGGCAAGCACAUUAUCCAACACUCCAGGAUGAACAACAUCUGCGAAAGAGGGCAUUAUCGGCUCAUUCCAUCUCACAAACUGACGUGCCCAACAGCGCUUCAAAAGUAAGCGAGAGGGAAGUUGACGAUGAUGACAUCACCCCGACGAUUGAACAUCCUGAACCGUUGCGACGUAUUCCGACAAGCUUCUCGUGCCAGGCAGGAUUCUCCACCGCCAUACUAGCAUCAGGUUUAGUGUCGAUUGGUCGAGGUCGAGUUAUAAAAAUAUGCAAGCUCGUUCAGAUCUUCUCCACAAGCAGCAAAUGGUGGCAUAACACCGUCACGUCGAAGCCGUAUUCGUCGUCGGAUCUACCUCGCUUUCAACCUGUCGUCAAUCGCCCACCGCAUGCUCCUUAUGUGACGCGUGGUCAGCAAAUGGGCCGUAACAUACCGGGGUCAGCAUCUGUUGGAAAGCUGCCUGCUCAUUCUGAUGCACAUAUGGAAGCGCUUCUGGAUUACUACAAAAAUCAGUCAAACCAGUCAUCGGCUCCGAAAACUGCCACAAUUGUCUGA